AUGGAGCGGGCCUGGGCGCGGGGGCUGCGCGGAGGCCGCGGCCCGCCGGCGCUCGGGCUCGCGCUCGGGCUGGCCCUGCUGCUGGCGCGGCCGCCGUCGGGCGGCGCGGGGGCCGCCGAGGCGCAGGAGGCGGCGGCGCCCGGCACGGCGGCCCCGGCCGGGGGCGACCGCUGCCGCGGCUACUACGACGUGAUGGGGCAGUGGGACCCGCCCUUCAACUGCAGCUCGGGCGCCUACAACUUCUGCUGCGGCACGUGCGGCUACCGCUUCUGCUGCCACGACGGGCCGCGGCGCCUUGACCAGAGCCGCUGCUCCAACUACGACACGCCGGCCUGGGUUCAGACCGGCCGGCCUCCCGCGCGUGCCCGCGACGCCACGGUGCCCCGGGACCCGGGCCGCGAACGCAGCCACACGGUCGUCUACGCGGUGUGCGGCGUCGCCGCCCUGUUCGUGCUGGCCGGCAUCGGGGCGCGCCUGGGCCUGGAGAGGGCGCACAGCCCGCGCGCGCGGCGCACCGUGACCAGGACACUGACAGAACUUCUGAAGCAGCCUGGCCCCCAGGAGCCACUGCCUCCACCUCUGGACCCACCUCUGGGUAGCUUUGUCCAGGUGCAGAUGGGCGAUGGCCUCCCCCGGGGCUCCCUCCACAAGAGCACAGACAAGAAACGCCCCAUCAACGUGCCCCUGGCUUCCGAGACAGCGGGCCCCCAGCGCGCCCCGCGGCUGCAGGGCGGCGGCAGCCUGACGAGGCAGCCGGACUACGCCACCCUCAAGGCAGCCGCGCUCAAGGCCGCAGAGGCCUCACCGCGGGACUUCUACCAGCGUUUUCCCGCGACUGAAGCUGCCCCGCCGACUCUCCCGGCGCGAGCCCGGAGGCCCCCCGAGGACUUGCCUGCACUGCUCGACGCCUGCCCCUGGGCCCCGCCGGGCUACGCGCCCCGCGCCGGCCCCACCCCAUCGGGCCACUACAAGGCCUGGACGACGGCCGGCCGCCCGGCCCAGCCCGCCCCCCGCGGCCACCUGGCGGCUCAUGCCUCCUCAGCGCCCCGGAGGCCCGGCGACGCACCACGGCGCCAGUUCAGCGUGGAGAAGCUGCCCGAGGCCUUCAGCCCGCAGCCCCCUGGCCUUUAUGGCUGCGCCAGCCGCGGACCCCGGCACCUGAGCACCAACAGCAAAGCCGAGGUCACCGUGUGAAGAAGGGGCCGCUGGUUCUGAGGCAUUGCAUCGCCAGGAGCCCUCUUCUGCCUGGGGGACUCGCCAUGGGCUUGAUCGGGGGGCCCAGGCUACCGGAAGGAGGGGUGCUGGCCAUGAAGCCCAGCCCUUCUGCCUGCGCACUGGACUGGGAGCCUCGGAGCCUGCAGGGCUGAGGCCCACUUGGGUAAAGCCAGUGGUUCUGUCCUGGGGGCCUUAGGGCCCGGGUUCCUUGUGUAAAUAAACACUUUUCUGUGACUCCCAUCCCUGAGAAUAAAGGAGCCCCAGCUUGG